AGAUUUGUUUCUAAUUUUUUCUGGGUCUUUCAUUUCUCAUCUUAAUCUUCUGACCCUUUUAAUUUUAUGGAUAAUAUCCUCGACGAUUUCCCCAAUUCCUUCAACAAUUUUCACUUCAAUCCCCAACUCUCUAAUGGGUUAUUCAAAAUCAAUCGCGAAACCGUCGAUCCUCUCCAGAUUCCGGCCAAGCCGCAGCAAAAUCAGCAGCAAAUCAGUAAUAAUUCAUCAUCGCCGUCGUCGAUGUCGCCGUCGAGCUCCGAGGGAGACUCGCCGGACAGCCAAGACACCUCGAAUACGAUGCUGAAAUACAUCACCGAGAUGCUGAUGGAUGAAGGAGAGGAUCUUAAAACAAAGCCCUGUAUGCUUCUUGAUUGCUUGGCUCUUCAAGCUGCUGAGAAGUCUUUUUAUGAUGUUCUUGGCCAGAAAUAUCCUCCUUCUCCGACAGGAAAUGGCGAUUCAGCUCACGAUUUCAGCUCAGGUAACUCCUCUGUUCUUGGAUUGUCUGAAAAUUGUGUUGUGGGUCAUGAUUCGUUUGUUGGGAUGCAAUAUAUUGGGCAUUUUAGGCAAGGAGUUGAGGAAGCUAGUAAGUUUCUUCCUGUUAAUGGAACAUUUGGGACAAUUGAUUUGGAUAAUGAUUUGGGUAUGUCUGUUCCUUUUAAGGAUGUUGAUGUUUCUAGGAUUAGUGGGUCGUUGAGAGACAAGAAAAACCGACAGAGGGAGGAGGAGAGUGAUGGGGAGCUGAGAAGUAGUAAGCAGUCAGCUACUUUUGCUGAUGAUAAUUCACUGUCUGAUUUGUUUGAUGAGGUUCUGUUGUGUCGGGGCGAGAGUCGGCGGUCGCCGUGUGGUUCGGAUGAAUCGUCGGAGACCGAAGUGAAUAAGAAGAACUCGAGAGGGCGGAGAAGGAAAGGGAAGAAAACUCGAUCUAAGAAGCAAGAUAAUAGUGUGGGAGUUGUGGAUUUGUGGACAUUGUUAACACAAUGUGCUCAAGCUAUUUCGAAUUAUGAUCAAAGAACUGCUAGUGAGCUGUUGAAUCAGAUCAGGCAGCAUUCUAGUCCAUCUGGGGAUGGAAAUCAGAGAUUAGCUCAUUACUUUGCUAACGGUCUCGAGACUCGGCUUGCGGCCGGGACGCCUCUGUAUAUGCCCUUUGCAAGUAAUGAAACCUCUGCUGCUGAGAUUCUGAAAGCGUUUCAGAUGUUCAUUAAGGCGUGCCCGUUUCGGCGUAUGUCGUAUUUCUAUGCGAAUCGAACGAUUAUGAAGCUAGCUGAGAAAGAAACAACGCUGCAUAUCAUUGAUUUUGGUAUUCUGUAUGGUCUCCAAUGGCCUUGUUUGAUUCAGCGGCUCUCUCGUCGACCUGGUGGACCUCCCAAGGUUCGAAUCACCGGGAUCGAGCUUCCCCAGCCGGGGUUUCGCCCUGCUGAACGGGUUGAGCAAACUGGUCGUCGCCUUGCACAUUACUGUAAGAGAUUCAAUGUGCCAUUUGAAUACAAGGUCUUGGCUCAGAAAUGGGAAACGGUUAAAUACGAGGAUCUUAAUGUCAAUCGAGACGAACUGACUAUCGUGACUUGUUUGUUCCGACUUAAGAACGUACCCGACGAAACCGUGGUUGCGAACAGUCCACGAGACAGGGUUCUGAAGUUGAUAAGGAAAAUCAACCCAGAUCUGUUCAUUCAUGAAGUGAUGAAUGGCUCAUUCAACACUCCUUUCUUCAACACAAGGUUUAAGGAGGCAUUGUUUCAUUACUCGUCGUUG